AUGUCCAACAGCAGCUCCAUCAGGCACUUCCUCCUGCUGGCAUUGGCAGACACGCGGCAGCUGCAGCUCCUGCACUUCUGCCUCUUGCUGGGCAUCUCCCUGGCUGCCCUCCUGGGCAACGGCCUCAUCAUCAGCGCCGUAGCCUGCGGCCACCACCUGCACACACCCAUGUUCUUCUUCCUGCUCAACCUGGCCCUUACUGACCUGGGCUCCAUCUGCACCACUGUCCCCAAAGCCAUGCACAAUUCCCUCUGGGACACCAGGGACAUCUCCUACACUGGAUGUGCUGCUCAGCUCUUUUUAUUUAUGUUCUUCAUUGGAUCAGAGUAUUUCCUCCUGACCGUGAUGUGCUACGACCGCUAUGUGUCCAUCUGCAAACCCCUGCACUACGAGACCCUCCUGGGCAGCAGAGCUUGUGCCCACAUGGCAGCAGCUGCCUGGGCCAGUGCCUUUCUCAAUGCUCUCAUGCACACAGCCAAUACAUUUUCCCUGCCCCUGUGCCAUGGCAAUGCCCUGGGCCAGUUCUUCUGUGAAAUCCCACAGAUCCUCAAGCUCUCCUGCUCACAAUCCUUCCUCAGGGAACAUGGGUAUCUUCUGGUCAAUAUCUGUUUACUAUUUGGUUGUUUUGUGUUCAUGGUUUUCUCCUAUGUGCAGAUCUUCAGGGCUGUGCUGAGGAUCCCCUCUGAGCAGGGACGGCACAAAGCCUUUUCCACCUGCCUCCCUCACCUGGCUGUGGUCUCUCUGUUCCUCAGCACUGGCAUGUUUGCCUACCUGAAGCCCCCCUCCAUCUCCUCCCCAUCCCUGGAUCUGGCCCUGUCAGUUCUGUACUCGGUGGUGCCUCCAGCCCUGAACCCCCUCAUCUACAGCCUGAGGAACCAGGAGCUCAAGGCUGCAGUGUGGAGACUGAUGACUGGAUGCUUUCAGGAACAUUAA